AUUCAUCCGUGCGAGGUUUGAGGAAGAAGGAAGCGAAAGGAAGAAGCGAAGGGAAGUGCAGCGGAAAGGAAUGGAAAGGGAUGGGCUCAAAGCUUUUAGCUUAGCUUAGCGUUGUUGGCUUGAUCGUCACGCCACCCGGCCAGCGACCCGCGCAUCCGUAAGCGAGCUCGCCAAGAGGAGCUCUAGGGCGUAGGAGGGGGCCGUCCUCCGUGCCUUUCUCUCUUGACGACGAGCUGCAGCGCUGAUCUCAGUGUUGGCGAACGAGCGAGCAAUUCCGGGGCUUGGCACGGCUCGUCUCGUCUUACCGAGGAGAGGAAAGUAAGGGAAGGGAAGGGAAAGGCGAGGUGGAAUUGGUGCUGGGAGGGUCGAGACCUGGUGGAUUGAUUUGGUCUCGAGAAUUGAAGAGAACAGCGGGAGGACGGAGGUUUUGGAGUUUUGUUGUAGUGUUUAUAAUUGUAUGAGAGGGUGCGCAAAGUUGGUUCUAUUCUGGCGGAAUUUCGUCUAAACCUCCAUGUCAACGCCAAGGUCGGCUGCUGUGGCACGCCGAUUUCGACGUCCACUGCAGGAGGCUUUUGCUCGCUCGAAGCAACCCCAAAUAUUGCCGGAGUCAAGUAAAGGAUUUACUUCGUCAACUCCGUAUAACCAAGUUCAGAGUUGUACCAGGCGAUGGUUCCACAGCGAAGGAUUGGUCAGGCCAAGUAAGGUUCAUGGACGUAGCAGUUUGCCUGCACUGGUUCCCGGAUCUGGAUUGUCAAGAUUGGUGAGUCAUGAGCUGGCACGGAGGCCCACAUCGAGUUUGGCCACAUUACCAAAGUUCAGAGCAUUAGCAAGGACCCCUGCCACGAGAAGAGCAUUCUGCAGUGAAGCUCCGAAGAAAAGAGGUUAUGAAAACUACUACCCUAAGGAUAAGAAGGAGAUACCGAAACGCAGCGAGAAAGAGUCAAAGAAUGAGGACCACAAAGCUGACGAUCCUAAGGCCUUUACUGAUGUUCCAAAGGUGCAAAUUCAGUCGUUGAUUCUCACCGGGCUUCUGGGCACCAUUGCCCUUGCUACUCUUUCCUUGCGUCGAAGCGAUGCUCAACAGAUAAGCUUCCAGGAGUUCAAGAAUAAGUUGUUGGAGCCGGGACUUGUUGACCACAUCGAAGUUACCAACAAGAGCGUAGCGAAAGUCUAUGUGCAACCAUCGCAGCCUUCUCCUGACUCAAGUUUUGAGGGGUUGUCAACAGAUGCUCGGCAAACUACAGAUGGAAACCGCGGUGGGCGUUACAAGUUUUACUUCAACAUCGGAAGUAUCGAGUCCUUCGAACGUAAACUAGAAGAUGCCCAAGACACAUUGGGAGUAGAUCCUCACGAUUACAUACCUGUCACGUACGUGUCAGAGAUGAGUUGGCAACAGGAGCUUCUGAGGUUGGCACCGACUCUUCUAAUUAUAGCGGGUUAUAUAUUUUUUACAAGAAGAAUGCAAGGAGGUUUUGGUAUGGGAGGAGGUUCAGGAGGAAUGGGUGGACGAGGAAUCUUCAACGUGGGCAAGGCCCAAGUGACCAAGUUGAACCAAAAAGCGAAAGAUAAGGUUAUGUUUAAAGAUGUUGCCGGAUGUGACGAAGCCAAACAGGAGGUUAUGGAGUUCGUGCAUUUUUUGAAGAACCCGGCAAAGUACCAGGAGAUUGGAGCAAAGAUUCCGAAAGGUGCCCUUCUGGUUGGGCCGCCAGGAACCGGAAAGACGUUGCUAGCCAAAGCCACAGCUGGAGAGGCUGGAGUUCCAUUUCUCUCUAUAAGUGGUUCAGAUUUCAUGGAAAUGUUUGUCGGUGUCGGUCCGUCUCGAGUCAGAGAUUUGUUUGCUCAAGCUCGGCAGGCGAGUCCAAGUAUUAUAUUCAUCGAUGAGAUUGACGCCAUUGGUAGGGCGAGAGGUCGAGGUGGUUUUGCUGGAACAAAUGAUGAACGAGAAAGCACAUUGAAUCAGCUGUUGGUUGAGAUGGAUGGUUUUGGAACCACCACGGGUGUGGUCGUGCUGGCUGGAACAAAUAGGCCAGAUAUUUUGGAUAAAGCCUUAUUAAGGCCAGGUCGUUUUGAUCGGCAGAUUGCAAUCGACAGACCCGAUAUCAACGGAAGGGAACAGAUUCUUCGUAUCUAUUUGCAAAAGCUUAAGCUCGACCAGGAAGUUUCAUACUAUUCCCAGCGAGUUGCAGCGCUCACUCCAGGAUUUGCAGGUGCUGAUAUUGCCAACGUUUGUAAUGAGGCUGCUUUAAUCGCAGCUAGGCACGAAAAGACCGAGAUUACGAUGGACCACUUUGAGGCCGCAAUAGAUCGUAUCAUCGGUGGUCUGGAGAAGAAAAAGAGGGUCAUUAGCAAAGAAGAGAGAAGAACUGUUGCUUAUCAUGAGGCGGGACAUGCAGUCGCUGGAUGGUUCUUGGAGUACGCGGAACCCCUGUUGAAAGUAUCCAUUGUGCCACGAGGCACGGCCGCUUUGGGAUUUGCCCAGUAUUUGCCUAACGAGAAUCUUUUAAUGACCAAGGAACAACUGCUGGACAUGACAUGCAUGACUCUGGGUGGACGCGCGGCGGAACAGAUAUUGUUGGGAAAGAUCUCAACAGGUGCUCAGAAUGAUCUUGAGAAGGUCACGAAAAUGACAUAUGCUCAGGUAGCAGUGUAUGGGUUCAGUGAGAAGGUGGGUCUACUCUCAUUUCCUCAAAGAGACGACGGCAUGGAGAUGACAAAGCCAUACGGCAACCAAACGGCGGAGAUAAUAGAUCAGGAGGUUCGAACUUGGGUUGACAAGGCAUAUCAGCGUACUCUGGCAUUACUGACCAAGCACAAAGCUGGAGUUGAAACACUGGCCAAAAAGUUGCUUGAGAAGGAAGUGUUGCACCAAGAGGACCUUGUAGAAAUUUUAGGUAAUAGGCCGUUCACGAAUGCGGAGUUGAGCAAUUACGAUCGCUUCAAACUAGGUUUCCAACCCCCUAGAGGUGCUGAUGCCGAUGCCGGUGCCGGCACCGAUGGCAAAGAAGCAGGUGAUGGUUCAGAUGGAGGUAAUGGUGAGAAGAAAGCAAAUGGCUCACCACCGCAGCCAGAUGGAGUUCCUCUUCCAGCGCCAGCACUGCCACUGAUCUAGUAUCAUAUCGUUUGUCUUCCAGGAGAAAGCUUCAAUUAUUAGAAGUAUCUGUAUCAUAUGAUAGUGUAAAGUGCAUUCAUGUUGCAGGUAGAAAGAAAGCCACAUGGUUUGAGCAAGGACUAAGUUGCAGGCCACUAGUUGGGUAACUUAUAGUUCAGCUUCCAAACUCUUGUUGUCUACACAUUGUAGUCUUUGCCAUGUUUCCCUCAAAACUUCACCGGAUCUAGAUAUGUCGGUACUCAGACGCUGAAAAUAAGCGGACGCAAUUGGUCAGUUGGUUACAACAGUUUUACUUGGUCUCCUAGUCCAAUUUACACGAAUUGUGUGUGCUGGACUUGUGGACAUACUAGAGCAGUCUCUUUACAAGACUUUGUCAAACCUCCUUCAGGCGGGUCAUGAUUUAUACCACAUGGCAAUGAAAAAGUUCCCGUGAGAACUUCAUUUC